AUGGAUAUUGCCGGAAAACUUGACAAAAACCACGAUCACCAUCAUUGGAUUCGAUUGAAAAGCAAGAAAGGUUAGUCAUGGGGGUCUUAAGGGGUCUCGAAGUUACUUUUACCUUCAAAAUUCGUAUUUAAACUCGAAAAAUUAGCCUAAUCGAAAACUAAUCUUCAAAAGUUUGAAAAGUAUUUUCCAAUUCUUACAUUCAAAGGAAACUAGACGUCUUUUAGAAAUUUAGAACUUGAAAUCUUUGAGAAAGUUUAACAAAACAAGAACUUCACAAAACUUUGUUUGACAAAAUAUUCGUUCGAAAUAUGUGAUUUCUAACUGUUUCAUUUUCAGAGUCGACAUCAACAGCGUCUCCGCCAUGGUUCAGUCAACUACAAAACCCCGAAACCCAACCGUCAAAGUCAACUCUCCAACCACCAUCAACCAACGGCAACUUCACAAUCGCAACACAAAAAACUGAUAAUCAACCAAAUAAUUUGAAUUGA